GAAGCAAAUUGCUUGGCUUCUUAAUUUGUUCUCUGUUUCAGCUAAAUUUAACAGGUACAUAUACACUUUGUGGGUUGUUUGGAAACAGAGGAGAUGGGGCUCUCAAACUUUCCUAAUCCAGCUGAGGGACUACUUUAUGCGCUUGUGGGGAACACUUUUUUAACAGUGACUCUAUUGAAGAACCUGGUGAGAUCUGUGCUUCAAGUGACAUGGAUUACUUCAAAUUCAGAGCAAAACCCAUCAAUUGAUCAAUGCUAUCCAACAAUUUCUGAGAAUGCAAGAGCAAGAAGAGUAUUGAUAACCCGGUACGGAUCUUUAUGCAAGAACAGGUCUACACUAGCCAGGGCAACAAACAGUGGCAAUACAGGUUCCUCAAUGGAGUGUUGUGUGUGUUUGUGUAGGUUUGAGGCUGAUGAGGUGGUGAGUGAGCUGGCUUGCAAGCAUUUCUUCCACAAGGGGUGUUUGGAUAAGUGGUUUGAUAACCACCACCAUAGUACUUGUCCUCUUUGUAGAUCAAUCCUCUGAUUGGUUUUUGUGUUGUGAUGGUUUUGAAGGAAUUGUACUUUCCCUUUUGUGUUGUGAUGGUUUUGUCCUUUCCGUUUUUUUCCAAUUCAUGUUAUUUAAGCAAAAUUAGACACGGAAGUGUGACAAUUUCAUGGUUUGCUUAAUGUUUGUGUGAACAAGUUGAAAGAUAAUAAAUUUAUAAAAUAAAGAAUUAAU